UCUGCAAAUAUUAUAAUGCAUUUUAACUGUUAUUUUAACAAACCAUAUGAAUACCUUUAUAAUGCAUUAGACAUAAACGCUUUAAGUAAAGAGUGUUGCUGUAUAUUCAUGUGAAAUGUAAGACCUGUAGCAAUAUAUUAAAAUUACAUUUCUAUCCGCAUAUUAAAAAUGAACAGUUCAUGAUAUGGACGGUCACAGCGCAGGACAAUAUUCCUAAAAAUACAAUUGUGUUCUGUGUGUGUUGGAUAAAAUCAGUGUCCAAAUGAUGAAAAUCAACACUCUUCUUCUUCGAGGAUAGAAAUGUCACGUCACCCUCCUUAUUCUCACACAGUUCCAUUCAAUUCAGUGCACAUUUAGAGGUCAAAUUAUAUGUGCUCUUAAAAAUAAAGGGUGUUUAUUGGCAUUGAUGGUUCCAUGAAGAACCUUAAACAUCCAUGGAACCACAAAAGCUUCUUUAGAUCAUUAAGAAAUGGUUCUUUUAAGAACUGAUCACUGAAAGAUUCUUUAGGGAAACAAAAAAGGUUCUUCUAUGGCAUCAUUAACGAAAAAACCUUAUUUUUAAGGUUAUAUGCAAGUCAUUUAAAAAUAAACUUCAUUUACAUCAUGUAUUUGCAUUUAUAUAUAAUGUUUAAGUAGCAUUUCCAUGCAUAACAAGGACAGUCACAGAGAAAGUCCAGCCAAAUGAUGAAAAUGCAGGAGAGAGAAAGCGAAAGGUCUUUGUCCUGACACCCUCCCCGUGCGCGCGCAAUGCCAGAGUCCUGCUGAAUAUUCCCUUCAAUUCCAUUAUAACGCAUUGGACACUGCGAUCGUUCCCACGCGGAUCAGAGCCGUGUGAAGGUGUAUUGGUCAUUCGCGCGAACUGUAAAUGUCAUUGGUGUGUGUGUCUGUCGCGGGAGGGGUCAGAGAAGAAGCUGCACGCAGAACAAGUGACUCGCGCUUCAGAACCUGAUGAACAGCGGGACGCGCAGCGAAGAUGGAGCUCGCGCGGAUACUUGGAGUUACGCAGCUUCUCAUCUGCAUCUCGGUGGUUGUGUGUGAGGAGCGGACGGUGAGGUAUAAGAUACACGAGGAGGUUCGACCGCCGAUGGUCAUCGGAACUCUAGCCAGCAAUGUGACCUGGACCCCGGACAAAACGCGCAGGACUUUCCCCGGCAUCAGGUUUAAGCUCAUGAGUCCGUCCACCGGCUCCUUCAUCCGAUUUAGGGAAAGCGACGGGAGGCUGACGGUCGAGGAGCGCGUCGACCGCGAGCGCAUCUGCAAGCGCAACCCGCGGUGCGUAAUCACUUUCGACGUCGCCUUCGUGUCCGCCGAGCAGUUCGAGCUUUUCCACGUCGAGGUGGAAGUGCUGGAUGUGAACGACAACUCGCCGGAGUUCCCGCGCGCCGAGUGCACUGUAGAGAUCUCCGAGAGCGCGGCGCUGGGGACGCGCAUCGCGCUGGACGCCGCGGAGGACGCGGAUGUGGGCUCGAACUCUAUCCAAAGCUACCACUUGAGUGAAAACACUCACUUCAGCAUUGAUAUCAUAACGCGAGUGGAUGGGGUUAAAUAUGCGGAGCUGGUGCUCGUCAAAGAGCUGGACCGAGAAUCCCGCGCUUUUUUCGCGCUCAAACUUGUGGCGGCAGACGGCGGGAAUCCGCCGAAAAGCGGCGCGACUAAUGUCACCGUCAAAGUGAAGGACUCUAAUGACAACAGCCCGCUGUUUGAGCACAGCCAUUACUCUGUGGAUGUGCCGGAGGACACCCCGACUGAAUCCCUACUGCUGGAUCUCAACGCCGUCGAUCCGGAUGAGGGUCUAAACGGGCAGGUUGUGUAUGAAUUUGGCAAACAAGUAACUACAAAGAUUAGACAACUGUUUAAACUGGAUUAUAAGACUGGAUAUUUGACAUUGCAAAGCCCUGUGGAUUAUGAAGACGAGACUGCGUAUGAAAUCGACGUGCAAGCUAGUGAUUUGGGGCACAAUCCGGUUCCCUCGGUGUGCAAGAUUAUCAUCAACAUCAGAGAUGUGAACGACAACCCUCCUGAGAUCAUCAUCACGUCCAUCGCGUCGGUGACAGAUGGUGUCGCACAUGUUAGUGAAGCUACAGGUCCGGACAUCCUGGUGGCUCUGAUCAGCAUUAAAGAUAAGGACACCGGGGCGAACGGACAGGUGAGCUGCACUCUGAACGGCGGACACGGCAACUUCAGGCUUAAAAGAGCGUACGAGGGCAGCUACACCAUUGUCACGAUGGCACCUUUGGAUCGAGAGAAGAUUGCGGAGUAUAAUUUGACUGUAGUGGCGGAGGAUUUCGGCGUUCCGCCGCUACGCACGUUGACUCAUUACAUCGUACGGCUCACCGACGUCAACGAUAACGCCCCGGCGUUCAGCGCCAAGAUAUACGAAGGUUUCAUUGAGGAGAACCAAUUACCAGGUACAUACAUCACCACAAUUCUGGCGAGCGAUCAAGACGCGGGAUUGAACGGGGAAAUAACCUACGAGCUUUUUGACUCGGACACGAACAGCGUCUCCAGGUUUGCCAUCAUGAAUCAAGCGGGAAACGUUUACGCCCUGCAAAGCUUCAAUUACGAAGUGACGAAGAGGCUGGAUCUGCGCGUCCAGGCCAGUGACAGAGGAUGGCCGCAGCUUCACAACAACGCCGUCCUCGUCGUCAAUGUAGUCGAUCAGAACGACAACGCCCCCUUUAUAACUCACCCGCCGCUCAACAACGGAUCCGCCGAAAUCCAGCUUCCCAGAGACGCCCCGCCCGGGUACAUCGUGACCCGAAUAACGGCUAAAGAUUCGGACGCCGGUCUGAACGCCGAGCUCACUUACAAGCUUUACGACGACUUCGGCUUCGCGAUCGAUCCGAAUACGGGAGAAAUAUAUAUCAAUCGGAAAAUCGCUUACGACGAGUAUGACAUGUGGAAAGUCUUAGUGACGGUCAACGACAACGGCCACCCGUCGCAGACCUCCACGGCCACCAUUCAUUUCACUCUAACCGAGUCGGCGCCCUCCAACGGAAACUUCUACGACGAAAGAGAGGAGGAUGAACCUAAACAAUGGACGCUUAUUUUAAUCUUGGCCCUGACCAGUUCCUCGCUGAUGUUUUUGGCUAUUUUAUCAUACAUACUAUGCAAAAGUCGGAAAAACGGUCCAAAGAGAUGCGCUGACCUCCCUGACGCGGUGGAUAUUCCGUACUCGAACGAGAAGAACGCCGUCUCCAUGAUCUCCAGCCAGACCGCCAAUGUGUUCGACACGCACACGUUUCACUCCACCACCGUCAUCGGCACUCCUGAGGAACUGCACAGCAGUGUUCAGGCGACCGCCGAAGUCUUCAACGAAACGCCACACACCUUCAAGAGCAAAUAUAGGAGUGUGGCGGGGGAGAUAGAUGGAUAUUCUACUUUGCCUGGUUAUGGCAAAGACAACGCUCGACCGAUCACAGUGUGGAAAGGAAACUCGAUGAUGACCAUCGCGGUCAGAGACCCACAGAUCAGCGGAAAAGACAGUGGAAAAGGAGACAGUGAUGUUAAUGACAGUGACUCUGACAUCAGUGAAGGCCUCAAGAAGGACUACACCUCAUAUAAAGGUCUGUGGGCUUGUACCAGUGAAUGCAGGAUCCUGGGCCACUCAGACAGAUGUUGGAGCCCAUCUGUAAGCAGAACCAGCGGGAGCAUUAACACCAGACAUCUCUCGACCUUCUCAAGGACGAGGCCGUCCUCACAGGCCGCAGGGCUUCAGAGGAGCAGCUACGACACACAGACGCCCAGAAGCGUGGCUUUGCACAGCCUCUCCGAAGAUCAGCAGAGUCAAUACGAUUACAUUCACGUCUGCUCUCCACAGUCACAGAGGAGACGAGACACUGAGGACAGAGACGGCACCGUGUUCACACACUCCACGAACAGUCCCGGGAGGUUCACAGACACAGCCUGAGACAGUUCCUCGUCGUGAUGUUGCUGUACAUACUUUUAUCUUUGACUGCAUUGAUGUUUUGUAUAUGCAAAAUAUAUUUUUUAACAAUAUUACCUGUUUUUUCUCAUAGCAUGUUUCAGAUGAUUAUAAUGUGAUUGUGUUUGUCACUUUGGUCGCACUCUUACACACACGAAAUGUCAUUUUUUAAAGCUACAAAUGUUACCACUUUUAUAACAUUUACUUACACGAGUUGUUUCUUUCUAAGAAAUAAAAACAUGAGAAAUAAAAUAAGUUAUGAUCAAAUCUGCAGUGU